AUGGCUUUUGGUGAUCUCCUAGAGCAGGUGGGGAGCACAGGACGCUUCCAGAUCCUGCAUGUGACGCUUCUCUGCAUGCCUGUCCUGUUGAUGGCCAGUCACAACCUGCUGCAGAACUUUGUGGCUGCAGUGCCUCCUCACUACUGCAACGCACACACAAACCUGUCUCAGUCCCAGCUGAGCCCAGAGGAAAUGCUGCUGAUCACAGUGCCGCAAGACCAGAUAGGGAAGCCCCAGAGGUGCCAGCGUUACGUUACUCCACAGUGGCAUCUCCUGAACGGGAGCUCCGGCUCAGGGGAGGACGGAGACACUAAGGAAGGUUUGGAUGUUGAUCUGCAGGGAUGCACAGACGGAUGGUCCUAUAACAUGACUGAUAUGAGCUCAACGAUCAUAUCUGAUUGGCAUUUGGUGUGUGAUCUGCGCUCUUUAAAGCAAAUGGGACAAACAGUCUACAUGGGAGGUGUGCUUGUGGGAGCUGUUGUCUUUGGAGGUCUUUCAGACAGAUAUGGUCGACGCAUCCUCCUGCUCAUUUCUAACCUGCUCAUGGCAGUGUCGGGAACAUGUGUUGCUUUUUCAAACUCCUUCACCCUCUACUGUGUGUUCCGCUUUGGCUGUGGCAUGGCUCUGUCCGGCCUGGGACUCAACACCUUCUCGCUCAUUGUGGAGUGGAUCCCCACUCGUGUGCGAACUGUGGUGGGGACAAUAACAGGUUACAGUUACACAGUGGGACAGUUGAUCCUGGCAGUCAUAGCCUACUUCAUCCGGGACUGGAGGUGGUUAGCCCUGGCUGUGUCCUUGCCCUUCUAUCUCUUCUUCCUCAUCUCAUGGUGGUUUCAUGAAUCUUCAAGAUGGUUAGUUAUGAGUAAUAAGCCCGAACAAGCCAUCAAGAACCUUAAAAGAGUGGCCAAUUUUAACGGACGGCGUGAAGAGGGAGAAAAAAUUGACAUUAAGAUGCUGCAAGAGUCCAUGACGAAAGAGAUGUCUUGUUCGCAGGGCUCUUACUCUGUCCUGGAUCUGUUCCGCACACCCACAAUGAGGACAAUGACAAUCUGCCUGAGUGCUGUCUGGUUUUCAACAAGCUUUGCCUACUAUGGUCUUGCUAUGGAUCUGCAAAAGUUUGGGGUGGACAUCUACUUAAUCCAAGUGAUCUUCGGAGCUGUUGACAUCCCUGCUAAAGUCGUCAUAACUGUGUCUAUGAGUUUUAUUGGACGACGUCCAUCACAAUGUGGUGGUCUGAUCUUCGCUGGAGUCACUAUUUUGAUCAACCUGCUAGUACCUUAUGAUAAAACGACUGCACGGACGUGUCUGGCUGUACUGGGUAAAGGUUGCCUUGCUGCCUCCUUCAACUGCUGCUACCUUUACUCUGGAGAAUUGUAUCCAACCAUCAUUCGUCAGAAUGGCAUGGGGUGGGUAUCCAUGAUGGCUCGUGUAGGAGCCAUGGUAGCCCCUAUGGUGCUUCUCACGGGCGAAUACAUACCUUGGCUUCCAGGUUUAAUCUACGGAGGAGCUCCGAUUCUCAGUGGAGUGGCAGCAAUAUUUCUUCCAGAAACACUUGGCUCCCCCCUUCCUGACACAAUAGAAGAUGUGGAGGACAGGGGAUCUGGGAGAAACUCCAAAAUACCACCAAAGGAAACAAUUAUCCUGCAAGACACCCAGGCCAAUCUCCUAAAGCAGGCUACCUGAAGGCAUCUGUAUUGAACUCCUGAUGAUUUUGCUGACAUGUUAACGAAAGUAGAAUGGUUACUGCUGUUUAUUUGUUUGGUUUCCAUAUAAAGUUUAUUUGUGUCGUAUGAUUGCUGGACUUCUUUUAAAAAUAUAUAUAUAUAAUUACUUGUAAACAAAAAUGUAUAUUCUUCCCAAUCAACACCUAUGCAUUU